UCCAUAAUGGAGAUCAAGAUGUCGACUUCAUCACCCUCAACAAGCUUACAUGUGGCGAGAUCAACUCGCGCCCCGCUCUAAAAUAUUCCACGUUCCCCCCAUUUCUUCCAACAUUGAUUUCAUCAUCCGAGGACACCCUUCCAAAAAGAUCCCCACUUUGUGUUGUGUCUCUCUCUCUCCUCCGUUGACAAUUUCUACAUUGCCGUCACUGGAUUAGUUGUGCUUUUCACUUGCGUAGGUACCAACUCCAUCUUCCCAGAAAUCUGAACUGAGAAUCGCGAUUCCCCUCGCCUUCUUCGAUCCGAAGAGCAUGUCGAUCUUGAGCAGAAGCAAUCCGAACGUGGGCAACCCACUGUUCCACGAGUUCAAGAAGCAAGCUUCCUUCUUUCUGAAGGAGAAAAUCAAGACCGCCAGAUUGGUCCUCACGGAUGUCACUCCGGCACAGCUGUUGACCGAGGACGCUAUCAAUGGAAGUUCAUGGGGUUCGCCGGACACACGGACGCUGGGUAGAAUCUCAAAGGCAGCUUUUGAAGUUGAUGAUUAUUGGAGGAUUGUGGAUAUAUUGCACGAUAGGUUGUCCAGAUUUGACAAAAAGAACUGGAAUUCGUACAACGCUCUGAUUUUGCUCGAGCACUUGUUGACCCAUGGACCCGAGAGCGUGGCAGAGGAAUUUCAGAGCGAUAAAGGCAUCAUCGCGCAGGCCGGGAGCUUCCAAUACGUUGAUGAGAAUGGAUUCAACUGGGGUCUAGCAGUCCGGAAGAAAUCAGAGAGAAUACUGAAGCUCCUAGAGAAGGGGCCGCUCCUCAAGGACGAGAGGGAGCGAGCUCGGAAACUGACCCGGGGGAUCCAAGGAUUCGGAAGUUUCUGCCAGCGGACUUGCUCGACUCAGAGCAACCUAGAAGAUUUUUCAUUUAAGCCUUAUGGAAGAUGCAAUUCUCAGCCUGAAAACCAGGAAAACGAGGACCCAGAUGGACAGCUGACAAAGGAUGCUGGAGCUUCAGAGGAAAACACUGACAAUGCGAGAGUAUUUCCUUGUUCUGCCAAAGUAACAGAAAAUUCAUGUGGUGAUGAUGCUUCGCUCGAGAUUUACCAAUCCAGGACGAGUUUCAAAGAGAACAUGGAACCGAGCAAGGAAGCGACUGCGGCGCAGAAACACAAAUGGAUCUGCAUUAAGGAGUCUAGACCACUUCUGGACAUUGAGCGUGACUAUUUCAACAGUGCGGUUGAUGCGGAGGGUGAUCACCCUUUCAAUCGCGACGCCGAGCAUGACUGCUCAGACUCCCUUAUUACUGUGAGAAACUGAAUCUGGCAGGGAAAGCUACUGAGAUUUUGAGGAAAUAGGGGUCGCAAGUUUCGUACCUGCACUGUCACUAAAUAAAGUGGGUAAAGGUUAUGCAUUUCUUGUCAUCUAGAGUAUUCAACUCGAUGUCACCGAUGAUGCACUUUUCA